UUCCACGCCGGGCAGAGCGUGCGGAUCUUUAGCUAGGAAUGUUUACGAUCGGAAAAUGGCUUUCUGUGGCUCUAAUGACCGGGAUCAUUUUGUUCCGUGUUGAUCGAAUCCAGGGAUCUCGAAUUCUACUGGUAUCUUCGUUUCCCGGGCAAAGCCAUUGGCUUACCUUCGAGCAUAUUGUCAACGAGCUGCUCGAACGGGAUCAUGAAAUUACGGCGAUCACCAAUUAUCGAAUGAAGAAUUCCGACAAGUACAGCGAUCGCUAUCGAGAGAUUUUGAUCGAUCCCAUCUUCGACUUUGAGGAUGGUUUACCGAUGGAGUUUUACUAUCGAUCGAGCUCGUUUGCAAAUCCUUACUUCAAGCUGAAGGUUCUCUGGUGGCUAGGUCUUGAGACUACUCGACAUGCUCUGGAGUGUAAAAAUGUACAGAAAUUCAUCCAUGAUGAUCGUUCCCAGUACGAUUUGGUCAUUGCGGAGCAGUUUGUUCAGGAAAGUUUUCUGCUGCUCGCUCAUAAAUAUCAAGCCCCUGUGGUUACAAUAAACACACUUGGCUACACAGAUUACAUCGAUCGUGCAUUUGGAAUGAUCACUCCAAUAUCUUAUGUUCCACACUUCUUCACCGAGUUCACUGAUGAAAUGAACUUCUACGAAAGAUUUUACAAUUUGCUUCUAACAAUCUACGACUGGUGCUACAGAAGGUUCAUUUACCUCCCGGCGCAAAAUGCCAUGGCUAGGAAACACUUUUCAGAUUUUACCGGGGAAAACCAACUUCUGCCUACGGUUCAAGAGAUGGAAAACAACGUCAGCGUGAUCCUGGCCAACAAUCACAUUAUAUCCCACAGGCCUAGGCCGAAAAUGAUUGGAAUGGUUGACAUCGCAGGAGUUCACAUAAGACCAGCUAAAGUCCUGCCAGAUGCCCUAAAGACCUUUCUGGACAAAUCGCGCACCGUCUACAUCAACUUUGGAACAUUUCUACGCAGUUCAGCUAUGCCAGAAGAAACCCUUCAGGUAUUCGUUCAGGUAUUUCGUAAUCUUCCUCAAUACAACUUUCUGUGGAAAUGGGAAACUGAUCGGGCGCCAGAUUUGCCUCCAAACGUGAUGCUUCAGAAGUGGAUCCCUCAGAACGAUGUACUAGCGCACCCGAAUCUUAAGCUCUUUGUGACACACGGUGGCAUUUACGGCGCCCAGGAAGCUAUCUACUGGGCCAAACCGAUGCUGUUCGUUCCCUUCUACGGCGAUCAGCACAGCAAUGCCCGUAAAUUUCAGAAAUCCGGACUCGGACUGACAAUCAAUAUUGCCAAUAUUACGGUUGAAGAGUUCCAGCAAAAAAUCUUGCACAUUGUGGAAACACCAAGCUUUCAGGAUAAUUCUAACAACAUGGCCAAGCUAUUUCGUGAUAACCCAACGGAUCCACUGCAGGAAUCCGUCUACUGGAUCGAAUACGUCAUUAGACAUCGAGGAGCGGCCCAUCUGAAAUCGGCUGCUGUGAAGUUACCGUGGUAUAAGUAUAUGUUGUUGGAUGUUGCAGCGUUCAUUAUUUUCGUGAUUUAUGUUUUAAUCAAACUGGCCAAACAUGGCUAUUAUCGGUGGUGCAGACGUAACGUGAUUGACUCCAGCAAAAAGUCAAACUAGUUUUUGAAGCUUACUUUGUGAAUGGUUUUUAAACGUUUCUAUUCUUAAGUAAAACACGGAAUAAUAUUUAAUUAGCGGAUGCACGUGAUUCUAAUUACACUCAAUAGCACUUCAUUUGC